AUGAGAUACUCAGGCCGCCCUACAAUGAGACCUGCCCUUGCUCACAAUCAAUCCAGUUUUGAUUUUGAGGUUGGAGCUCCAGUGGAUGUGUGGUGGAGUGACGGCUGGUGGGAAGGGUUUGUAACUGGCUUUGGCAACUCCGGAAAAGAAAGUCAUCAAGUUUACAUUCCCAGUGAAAAUUUAUCUCUUAAUGUAGACAGAGAAAACCUAAGAAAAUCAAGAGAGUGGGUGGGAGACCAGUGGGUGGAUAUAGAGGCAAAUCCUGAUGUUCUGUCAGCCUUAUCUACAGAUAUCAGCGCUGACACUAAGUUUUCUGCAUCCUUGACAAUUAAAGAGGCGGCCAAAUCUGAUGAUUUGCCCAUGUCAUGUAAAGAAGUUCCCACCAACAUCAAAAUCGAUGUUGAAGAGGACAUGCUUGAAUUACCUGGCUUGGCAUUGUCUGAUGGCCUUUUGAAGAAUAUGAACUUGGACAACAAUAAGCAGCAGUUGAUUGAGGAUGGCGAUAAGGAAAAUGAUGGUAAUCAUGUCGAUGGCAGCAAUGAGGAUGACAAUGCUGACUAUCAUCUUGGUGACAACAACAGUGUUGAUGAUUCUCGUCAUAAUGAAGCUAUCAACAACGAAUAUGUUGAUAAAGAUGACAAUAGGGACCAGUUAGAGGAGCUUGUGACUGCUGGCCAGAAAUGUGAAGCAGAACUAGUGGAAGUGGGGGGUAUAAAAUGUUUAUCCGAAGUAUGCAGUGGCGGUGAUUUGUAG